UCCACCCAACACCAGUUCAGGUUUCCUGUCCUCCGGAUGGGAGAUCCUGAGAAGCAGCUGAUGAUGAAGACGUACCUCCAAGACACCGGAGCUGGGGAAGGUCUGUGGCUGUAUGCCGUGGGAAGGCCUAUCCCUGGGGAGGGGUAGUUCUGUGGCCGUGCCGGAAGCCGCUCCCCAUAAGUCUGCCUGCGCCUGCCCUCUCUCCGGCCCUGCGGGGAGCCGCUGUGGCCGUGUUCAGGCGGCUCCCCAUGCUGUUCCUUGCUCUCCCCGGUCCAAGAUGGUGCCCGCGCAUCAGUGUGCCUAUGCGCAUGCGCGGGGCCGUCUCCUGAGGAUGACGUCGGCGGGGGGGCGGAGCUUCAGCCCUGCAGGACCUGGAAGUAGAGGCCGGAGCGCGUCUUUUAAAAUAUAAAUCACGGCGGCAGGUUCAGGCAGCCAGCUGGGCACAAUUUAGACGUGCCGCGUAGCGAUCCGGGUUUGCAUCAUGUCGGAGCCUACAGAAGGACGCGCUGAACCCCAGGAACCCUUGAGGCCUCCAAGUCCGGUAUUGGUCUGAGGAUGGGGAAAAGGAAAAAGCUUCAAUGGGUGAGAGCGUUCCUUUUUAUUUUCUAAUGUGGUGUUUCAUAUGAUUGCUCCCUUUAGAUCCCUAAGCCACCUAAAAAAUCGUCUUCCAAGACAAAGCACAGGGAAUGUGCGGAAUGUAAAACGUCCCUAUCGGCAUCUUAUCAGAAGGCGUUAUGCUCAACAUGUAUAGAUAAACUGGUAGCAGAACAAUCCCAGACCCUCACUAAGUCCAUGAAGUCUAUUAUCAAAGCAUCCUUUAAAGCAUUCAGUAAAAGCCGUGCCAGGUCCCCAGAUAGACCAGGGAGGGAUACGGAGUAUGAUAGUAUUGAAUUGGAUUCAUCCGACGAUGGCGAAGAAUCCGGACAACUAUCGGACUCUUCGGAUGAAGAUUAUUCAGGGAGAUCCUUCUUUUCCCCUGAGGAUACGCAACUAUUACUAAAAGCGGUCAGAGCAACUAUGCAAUUGGAAGACGUUAAGCAGACUAGAUCAGUUGCGGACCAGGCCUUUCAGGCAUUAGGCCCUAAAAAACAUAGGGUCUUCCCUAUUCAUGAAAACAUGCAAGCGAUCAUUAAUAGGGAAUGGAAAAAUCCUGAUAGAAAUUUUUUCUUACCCUCCUCGGUGAAAAGGAAAUACCCUUAUGAAGAAAAAGUGUCCUCCAGCUGGGAUAGGGCCCCCACGGUAGAUGCUCCAGUCGCUAAGAUAGCUAAGAGAUCUGCCCUCCCCUUUGAUGAUCUGGGUUGCCUUUCGGACCCAUUAGAUAAGAAAGCAGAUAUUUACCUAAAACGGGCGUGGGAGACUUCCGCUACUUGUCUUAGACCCGUGGUUGCAGCCACUUGGGUAUCCCGGUCCUUAAGAUUGUGGAUUGAACAGCUAGAAGCACAUCUUAAAGAGAAGAAGCCUAGGGAGGAAAUCUUAGCUUCUCUUCCCACCUUUGCUAAAGCGGCGGAUUUUCUAACAGAUGCUUCUACGGAUGUUAUGCGCUUUGCCGCCAAAUCCUCAGCUAUGACGAAUGCGGCAAGAAGAGCUAUUUGGCUUAGAUCAUGGAAGGGUGACCAGGGGUCUAAGGCCAGACUCUGUGCCCUUCCGUGUGAGGGCGAUAGAUUAUUUGGGUCCUCCCUGGAUGACAUCUUGGAGAAGGCAUCCGACAAGAAAAAAGGUUUUCCGGUCCCUCAGAAGACUCCCUUUUUUCGUAGACCCCAGCAGGGCUUUAGAAAACAGAGGGGUAAGCCAUACGAUAGGAAGGAAAGGGAUAGAUUUCCAAGAAAAACUAGCGGCUUCCUUUUUAAAACCCAGGAUAGCAAACCAAAGGACAAGCAAUGACGCCAGACUCCAGGUUGGGGGAAGACUCUCUGCCUUUCUCGCGGCUUGGGCGAACGUCACCCAGAACAAGUGGGUUUUGGGGGGGAUAGCGGAGGGAUUCAGGUUGGAGUUCUGCUCUUAUCCCCAAGUCUUUUUCACCCAUACUCCAACUCCAAAGGAUCCUCUAAAGUCCACGGUUCUGGAAAGAGAGGUUCAGUUAUUGUUGGACAAAGGGGUUGUUUGCCAAGUCCCAAAAAGGGAGGAGGGCAGGGGGUUCUACUCCCCACUCUUUUUAAUAAAGAAACCCAACGGUUCUUUUCGGAUGAUUCUGAACCUAAAACGCCUAAACAAAUUCCUGAGAUACAAGAAGUUCCGAAUGGAAACUAUAAAGUCGACUUUAGACCUGUUAUACUAAGGUUGCUGGAUGGCAAGUAUAGACUUGGAGGAUGCCUAUUAUCACAUCCCAAUUCACUCUUCCUCCCAAAAGUAUUUAAGGACAGCUGUUCAAGUAAAGGGCCAACUUCUACACCUGCAAUACAGGGCACUUCAGUUUGGGGUCUCUCAAGCCCCGAGAAUUUUCACGAAGGUCGUGGCGGAGAUGGUGGCAUUCCUUCGAUCGUCUGGGAUAGUAGUUGUACCUUAUCUGAACGAUUUUUUGUUCGUGGCCCAAACAAGGGAGCAGUUACAAACAGAGCUCGUCCUGGUGUGCUCUCUGUUGAAGGAUCUGGGAUGGAAGAUGGAUCAGGAGAAAUCCUGUCUAACCCCUUCUCAAAUUUGCACCUUUUUAGGAAUGCACCUAGAUUCCACGGCUCAGAAGACAUUCCUCCCUCCGAAGAAAGUGUCCUCAACAAUAGAGCAUGUGUGGUUCCUUUUCCGGUCCUUCCGAUGUUCCAUCAGAGAGGCGAUGGCAGUACUGGGGCACCUGACGGCUACAAUUCCAGCCGUACCAUUUGCGCAGAUCCACACAAGACCGUUACAGUCGGACUUGUUACAGUCGGAUCUUGAAGAAUUGGAAUGGUCUUCCUCAAACACUAGAGGAAAUAUUUCAUCUCUCCUCCAGAGCAAGGUACUCCCUUCUGUGGUGGACGUCCGAGAAGAACCUCUCGGUAGGAAUGCCUUGGUCCUUCAUAGAACCCAUGCUGAUAACGACAGAUGCCAGUCCGUGGGGUUGGGGAGCUCAUUCGGGGGGAAAAUACUGGCAGGGAAGAUGGGACUUAAGAACCCGAGACUGCACGUCAAUUUACAAGGAGCUCAAGGCGGUAGAAAGAGUACUAAAGGUGGCAGUUCCAGAGGUCUCCAACAGGAAGUUGGUCUUUUACUCAGACAAUUCAACGACAGUGGCCUAUGUAAAUCAUCAGGGCGGAACAAAAGUACCAUCCCUAAUCUUCCUCUGCCAGGAAAUUUUCAAAAUAGCGGAAGACAGGAACCUGACCUUAUCCGCAAUACAUUUGAAAGGGAAAGAGAAUACGGUGGCCGACUUUCUAAGCAGAGUACAGCUCAGUCAGGCAGAGUAGAGUCUGAACGAGGAGAUUUUUUCCCAGAUUGUAACAAAGUUUGGGACCCCAUCUAUAGACCUCUUUGCCACCCGGAAAAACAGGAAGACAAAGAGAUUCUUCUCCCUAAAUUAUACAGAGAAUCCUACAGCGGUAGACAGUCUGGCUCAGGACUGGAGCCAGGAACUCGGCUAUGCCUUCCCACCUAUUUCCCUAAUUCCGCAGGUUCUGAAGAAAGUGCGGAGGGAGGGAGCCACCAUAAUCAUGGUAGCCCUCAAGUGGCCCAAGAGAGUCUGGUACUCCACCCUUUUAAGCCUAGCCAGAAGCCCUCCCUGGGUGAUUCCUCCAAGGGAGGAUCUACUCUCCCAGGGGCCCGUAUGGCAUCCCAAUCCGGGGAUUCUUCAAUUGGCAGUAUGGAGAUUGACAGGGACAUCUGGUUGAAGAGAGGGCUUUCUAGCAAAGUUGUUUCCACCCUUCUAGAAGUAAUAUAGAUAUAAGCAGCAAAAAAAAAAAGGGUCUUUAACUCUUUGCCACUUCUCUCCGGAGAACAAUUUAUUUCUUCCACUGGUGUUGGGUGGAGGUGUGUCCUUUUUAUCUUCUCAGGUUUCCUGUCCUGAUGGGAGGUCCUGAGUCGCACAGGGUGCCGUCAUGGGUAUCGAGAAAAACGAUUACCAGUAAGCAAUGUUGUUUUCCAGAGCAUCAAAUAUAUUUGAGAUGUGCGGUUCUGAAGUAUUCAUCCAUUCAAAAUUUCCAGUUCCAGUGUCUACCCUUCAGCCUAUCCUCAGCACGAAGAAUCUUUUCAAAAAUAGUAGCAGAAGUCGUGUUCUGGUUGAGGAAAGAAGAGGGUACAAUAAUUAUACCUUAUCUGGACGACUUCCUAUUGACAGCUCCAUCUGCCACCAUUCUAAUGAGACAGCUGGAAUUCACCUUGACAAGUCUCUCCCACUUGGGAUGGAUCAUAAACCUAGAAAAAUCUAACUUUAUUCCAGAAACGAGGAAGAUUUUCUUAGGCACCCUAUUGGACUCGGAAAAACAAUGUUCAUUCCUAUCGGUAGAGAAACAGGCAAAGAUGCCUCAGGAGAUUUCCUUAUUCCAAGGUCUAUAAGAACAGCCAUGAAAAUCCUGGGGUUAAUGAUGCCUUGCAUCACCACAGUCCCCCGGACUCCAUUUCAUUCACAACCUUUACAGAAAACAGUUCUGACUUGUUUAAACCUGAUCCAAAGAAUUUAGAUCUCAUAGAUCCGCAUUCCAAAGUCGGUAAGACGGAGUCUUUCAUGGUGGAUAGAUCCAAAGAUCUUACCAUUGGGAAUUCCAUGGACUUUAGAACCUCAGAUUCUAGUAACAACGGAUGCCUGCAAGUUGGUCUGGGGAGCCCAGGUGCAUGACUUAUACUUUCAGGGUUCCCUGGGGUCACAAUCUCUCUCACAGGUCCUCAAACUUCAGGGAGUUAAGAGCAGUCUUGGAAACUUUUCUAAAAGCGGAGAAUCUUCUAAAGGGCCUACAUGUACUGGUUCUCUCAGACAACAUUGCAACAGUAUCAUUCCUGAACAUCAAGGGGGGGUCAAGAUUUCCACCGUCCUUCAAUAUUUAUCAGACCGGAUAAUCAGCUGGGCAGAGAAAAAUGUACUGUCAGUCUCAGCAAUCCACCUGAAAGUAGAGAAAAAUGUGACCGCAGAUUUCUUAAGCAGACAUUCUAGACGUCUAGGGGAGUGAUGUCUCAAAAAAGAAGUAUUGUCUCAGAGUUGGGAUCUAGAUCUGGCCUAUGCCUUCCCGUCUUUUCCUCUAAUCGGGCCAAUCUUGAAAAAGCUGAGGUCAGUAACUUUGGUCCUAAUAGCUCCAUAUUGGCCGAAACAAAGCUGGUUCCAAAUUCUAAAGAACUUGGCAUUGGAGGAACCCUUUAUUCUUCCCCCAGACGACGACCUAUUGUCUCAGGAGCCUCUUUGGCAUCCACAAGUGCACAGGUUGAAGCUAGCAGCUUCGAUUCUGAAGAGCAGAUACUAAGAGCCAGGGGCUGUCAGAAAGAAUUAUAACAACCAUGCUACAAAUUUACAAGAUGGUUACUUCUGCCAUCUACGGUAAGAUUUGAAAGGAAUUCUGUUCCUGGUUUGUUUCCCCUUUUAUUCAGGACAUUGUAGAAUUUCUGCAGAAAGGUUUUGACAUGGGUCUCAGGCCCAGUACUAUAAAAGUACAGAUUUCAGCUUUGAGUUGGUUUCUUUACUUCCCUCUAGCAGAGCAUAAAUGGAUAAAAACAUUUUCUCGUGCCAUCUCCAGAAUCCGGCCUCUGGUAAGAAAGUCAGUCCCUCCUUGGGACUUUUCACUAGUAUUGGAGCACCUAUGCAAUCCUCCUUUUGAAGCUUUAGAAAACUGUAAAAUAAAAAUGCUCUCUUUCAAAGGAGUAUUUCUAGUGGCGAUAACAUCGGCAAGGAGAGUAGGAGAGAUACAGUCUUUUUCUUCAAGAGAACCAUAUAUGAGGGUUCUGGAUGACAGAGUAAUCUUAAAAUUAGACCCAGCCUUUAUCCAAAAGUCGCUUUUGUACAGAUCUGAAGAAUGUAAAAUAACGUUUUCUAGAUGUUCGUCGUUUAGUAAUACAAGAUUUAGAAGUCACUCACCCCUUCAGGAAAGCUUUAUUUGUACAAUUCACAGGGAAGAAUAAGGGAAAACAAGCUUCAAAAUCCACUAUUGCAAGAUGGAUUAAAUCAACAAUCCAGCAAGCUUAUACUUCCCAGAAUAAAGACUGCCUAUUCAAAGUCACAGCCCAUACUACUCAAGCAGUGGCUGCUUCUUGGGCAGAAAGAGCUAAUGCCUCACUGGAACAAAUCUGCAUGGCAGCUACCUGGUCUAGUUUUCAAACCUUCUACAGACUAGACCUAUCUGCUAAUAGAGACCUAGCCUUUAAACGUAAAGUCCUACAGGCUGUGGUCCCUCCCUAGUUUAUCUGGUAUUGCUCCAUGUGUGCUGUCAUGAUGGACUUCCUGGAAAGUAGAAUUUAGACUUACCGGUAAAUAGUUUUCCAGAAAUCUGACAUAACAGCACCCUACUUAUCCUUACCUAAAUAUAUAUGGUUUAUUACUUGGGAAUUUGUGUAGAUAUAUGUAUAUAUGUUGCUUGAGCGGUGUGAUGAUUUAAAAACACUGGUGUUGGAGGGGAGGGAGGGGCUUUUAACCUCUCUGUUCUUCCUGUCCCUUUAGAGGUAUAUAUGGACAUCCUAAAUGUGUGCUGUCAUGUCAGACUCCUGGAAAACUAUUUACUGGUUGCUACAAUAUAGGAUCCGCUCAGUGGAUAUCUUCUAUAUAAGACCCUUCUGCUGAUUGACCCUUGAAAGAUGGACAGGGACAAGAUGGCGGAGAGUAUAAUAAAUCUUACCCUAGAGAUCCUCUUCCGGCUUACUGGAGAGGACUACACAGUAGUGAAGAAGACCUCUAGUGAGCGCUGUCAGGCCCCUGUGUCUGAAGGA